GUCAACGUAAUCAGUUUCGUAACGGAUAUUAAGUCGUUUAGUUGUUAAAGUGUGUUUCGUGAUCACAAAUACACAUGUGUCGUGAUUAUCAGUCACUGGAAUAGUGAAAUAAAAAUGAUGACGAUGGACAUAACUAUGUACGGUCAUCAUAAUCAACAUAGUACUCCUUAUAAUUCUUCGGAAUCCAACUAUUAUAAUUAUUCGAACGAUUUAAAUCAUACGUCUUCCCCUCAUCAAUUUCAAAAUUAUUAUUCUUCUAAUUAUCAUUAUGAAGAGCCCUAUUUGUAUGCGACAACUUCUGCCGGGGAAUCGGCAGAAUGCCCUUCUUCUCCUCACAAUCUUAACUACUAUUCUCAACACGUCCAAGAAAACCCCAUCGUAAACACCGAUACAGGACUGACUUAUACUAAUUUGGAUUACGGAAAUAGUGCAUCGGGCUAUGCCCAAAACAACUACAACGACAACUAUUCGCGGAGUCAUUCUGACGUAAUUCAUCAUAAUGAAAAUUCAGAAGAUUCCACACUCCAGCAAAACUACAUCCACGAAAACAAGUUUCAAAUUGACAUUAGCGAUACUAGUAGCUAUUUAAUAAAUCCUGGUGCUCAAAGUACUUGCAUGGAAUUUCAACAUAUUCACAGGUAUAAACAAGAAUUAAUUCCCACAGAAGAUCAUUCUAGAUUAAGGCAGCAUCAUCCGCUACAUACGCUUAAUCCAGUAUCCAUAGCUCAACCAGCUCUACCAACUUAUAAAUGGAUGCAAGUUAAGAGGAACGUACCCAAACCUCCUGCUAAGCUUCCAACUUCCUCUCUCAGCGAGUACCAAAAUGCCUCUGCGAACAAUAUUACAUUAGACGUCCAAAAUCCAGCUUCAAGAAGUUCAUGUUUAGGUUCAAAUGCUUCCAGUUUACUCAACCUCAACUGUUUGAAUACCGGCAGAACGAAUUUUACAAAUAAACAGCUUACUGAGUUAGAAAAAGAAUUUCAUUUCAACAAAUAUUUAACGAGAGCAAGAAGGAUAGAAAUAGCUUCAGCUCUACAACUGAACGAGACCCAAGUGAAAAUUUGGUUCCAAAAUAGAAGAAUGAAGCAAAAGAAGAGGAUGAAAGAGGGACUAAUACCUCCGGAACCUGUAGUGAAUACCGGAAGUAGUAGUAAUUCUCCUACGUCUGCAGUUAAUGCUUUACAAAAUGAGUCUGUUGCUGGAAGCAAUGAAAACAGUCGAGAAUCAAACUGAAUUAGUAGUGUAGAAAAGGAAUUGCAGCUUUCGAUUUCUUAGUCAUAAAAUCUAAUAGCUCAAAAGGUAUUAAAAUCUAAAUGUAAAUCACGAUAUGGUAGUAACUCAGAUAUCCGGAACCAUUCGGGUACUAAUUCGUCCGUAUAAAUGAAAAUCUUGAUUAAAUGAUAUCAUCUUCUGUUGUCUUUCUUUGGCAAUGAUUUCUUGAAAAAUUAUGUAUUCAUUGUAAUAUCAGUAAAAUACUGAUGAUAAAAUCUUAGUCUUUGACUUCACUGAACUCAGAUUUAGAGUUGAUAGUAUCGUCUGCUUCAUCAUAGUCGUCGUUUUUGGUUCUCUGAUUCUAACCACAAGUCAAUAUAAUCUAGUAUAACGCAUUUUCAUCACUAUUUAGUAGAUUGUUGUGGUAACUGAAGUUUCUUGCCGAGUAGAGUUUUAAUCAUCAUUAUUAUUAAUGUAUUAACUAAAAUCGAUGAGUUUAUUAAUUCUUUUAUAGCCAAUUCAUAAAUUAUUUGUCGUACGUUGUUUUGUUCAAGAAUAUAUAACAUCUUCUCAUCUAAUUCGCCCUCAGAUGGUUCCUCGAUUUUCAGAAUUUAACUGUGUGAAAACGCCUUGAUCUAGGGUGGAUUAAAGAGGUUGUUGAUAAAGUUGUAAUAAGCAACAGAAAGAAAAAUGUAUGUUCUUGGUCAUGUCACUAUUACCGUUUCUGUUCUGCUAAUGUAUAGAAUUCUAUUUGCCCGGAUUGAGUAAAGUAAAAUAGUUUGAAUUAACUAGUUUCUACGGUAUAUAUAGGGUGUUUCUAAAUUAAUGCGACCAAAUUGUGAAGGUAUUUACUCAUAUGAAAUUAAGAUGACUCUUUCCUCUAACAAAAGUGCUUCAACUCAUUCCUUUCGGGAUACCAUCCCUCCAAAGGUGGGCUUAAAAAUGGUUUUUCGUAUUUUUUUAAAUUUUAGUAAUGCUAGAAACUCAAAAGUCUGUAAUUUUUAUACUCGUGCGAAGGACUAACCACAGGUGUUUUUUCAACCUUUCGGUUAUAUUAUAAGAGGGUGAAAUUAGCAGCCCUCAUUUUAUUUCAUAUCUAAAUUUUUUAGAAGAAGCUUUAUGAAAUGAAAUUAUAAUUUAAAAUCUUUGUUUUAUUCAUGAAUAUGUUUUAUUAUAUGAAUGACAGUACCUAAAUACUGGAAAUACACCUCAAGUCUCUGAACGUGUAUGACAAUCCUUGACAUGUAGGCUAUUUUUAUGUAUUUUGGGUAGAGGUAGUUAUUUUCAGCAUUUAUCACGUAUUAUAUAUAACUGUUUUCCAGUCUAUUUAUCAAAAAAUUAUAAAUUAUGGUAUUAUUUUUUCUCUCUUUUCGUAUAGAAUAAAGUAAGGGAUGCUAAUUUCACCCCUGUAUAGCUGUGGCUAGGUUCUUGCGAGUGCACGAAAAAUAGAAUAUAGAAAAAUAUAAAUCAUGAAUUUAGAACCACUCUGUAUAUUUCAAAUUAUAUCACAUUAUUACGACUUUCUUUGUAUAAUGAAAAUUUUGUAGUAAUUUCAUUAGAAUAUACUAUGUAUAAAAAUACGUAUUAAUUGUUGUUAAUCAAUCAUUUGUUACGUAGGUCUCAAAUUUUCAAGAGCAAUUAUUUUCUUUUGUAUUUUACUCUACUUAUAGUUUUUUUAUUUUCCACUUUUUUAGUUCAAAUCAAAACGAUAAGUUUUCACUGAAUCCUACUAACUGCUCCGAUUAUAUUUUCGUUUCUACAAAUUGGCUUUAUUAUAACAAAUCAUUUUUUUUUUUCAGUUAAAAUGGCGAGCAAACAAAAUUUCGAUUCCCAUAACAAGGACCUAGUCGUGAUCCUAGUGACUGCGCCAAUUAUAAUUCUGUUGCUUAGGUCAAAUUUCUUACAGCUAAUCUGACAUUUUAUCAGUAAUUUUCACGUCAGAUUAUUAUGAAGUAUCUUACAAUCUAUUAUUAAUAUCCACUUUGGUUAUAGUGAAUUAUUUUUCAUAACUUUGUUGAAAAAAGACGAUAAUAGGAUUUUCAUUCUCAUUCACAUUAAUGAAAUCUUUACUUAAGAUGUGUGGUUUUGCUCCAUGGUUUAUUUCAAGUUAUACAGUCUUACUAAUUUGGAGCUCUAUAAAAAUUAGUUUACUGGAAGAGAAUUCUACAGCGCUCUCUAGUUGCUAUACAAAAAAGCAAAGGAUGUGAUGAAAUUAUUGCAAGAUAUUAUGAAAUAUUAGUUUAUAUAAAAACAAACUACCUAAUAAAAUUUUCAGUUUUCCUCUCUGCGAAAUAAAAGUAGCUACUUGAUAAACAAAUGAUUCUAGGAUGGAGGGUUGAACCGGAGCAGGCUUAUGUGGAGAACUUUCUAGAAUAAGUUCAUUUUCAUCACUUGGGAAUUAUGCUACCGUCUUCCAAGCCGGUGGAUGUGCGAUACGCAAUCGACACCAUAAAAAGACAAUAAUUUCAAUUUUCUAAGCCAUAAAAGCCAUAAUGAUAAAAACGGUAUGCUGUAGGCUUGUGUUGAAAUGGAAAAAAGUCUACAAGAACUAGUAAGCUCAGUCAUUUCAGCAACAAGAGCAACGACGAGGUUAAUUUGCACGCCAGAUUGAUAUCAGCAGAUCCACCAAUGUGCCCAAAAACUAUUAUUUUCUUAGUGAUGUCAUUUUGAAAAUCUUCUCUUAUUACAGAAUCAGGCAAAUUUGUUUGGAUGUGCUUCUACCUUUUUAUGAAUAUACCCUUGAUUCAACAUAUGUAUAGAUGUUAUACACAGCUCCCAUUUCUUUCGAUGAUGCUCGAUCCAGUGGGAUCAAAUUAUAUGGCCAUACAAUGAUGUAGUAUGUUAAUUCUACUUAUAUGAAUACACAAUAUCCUUCAUGAAGAUCUUGUUGAAUUUAUUAAAGCAUUGUAUUGAUAAUUUCAGGCACAAUGACAUAUUUUGGAUGGCCUAAACUCAAUUUCUUCAAUUUCUUAUUUCUUAGACCUUUUGAUAUAUUAAUGCAUCUAAAAUCAAAAACAUUUAGAUGCAUAUUCAUAUAUAUAUAAUUCACAACCUCGUAUACUCUCUAGAAAAAUUUGAAUUUGAUGAUUGCAUUUCAAUUUCAGUACUCUAAUAUAAUUUUUCUAUGGAUCCAAUAAUUCUAUUUAGUGCUUAACUAGACAUGCUGUAUAAUAAUAGAUCAGUUAACACUACAGUAAUUACUUUAUCAUUCAGGUCGAAUCUAAUCUAAUAUAUAGUCCAAAAAUAAAAAUUAGAUCAUUUUUUUAUAUUUUUGGAUAACAGGAUAAUGAAAAAUCUAAAAAAAAAACGAUAUACAGUCAUAAAACUGUACAAAAAUACGGUUAUAACUGAAUAAAUAAUAUAGGUAUUAGUAAAAAAACUGCUGACUUUGAUUUUUCUUAGGUAUCAUGUGAUUAGGUACUUGUGAUUUUCAGCAACGUUUAUUUACCAGAAAUUAGAAUAACUGUCUCCUGAAGAACAUAUAGAGUUCAUUAGCUCUGUAAUAAAUUAUAAUGUAUUAGCCAAACAACGAUUUAUGUUAAUAAACGAUAUUAACUAUCACAACAAUGAAUCAUUUCAUUUUUGUAACGCAAUUUGACUCUCUACGUCAAGUUUUUCUCACCUGUGCAGUAUGGGGUCAGUUAAGGACAUCAUUACUGUUGACUAAGAUAUUGCUAUACAUUUCUAUUUCGGAAGAGGAGCAUAAUUACACCAUUAUUGUACCUUUUUAAUUUGUCGUAAUAGUAUUUUCUCCUGUGGGUUAAUUUUAUGAAGAAAUGGCAAACUGCAAUUCCACUUUACUGAAUUAAUUCAUAUUUAUCGCCAAAGAGAUUUUGUAAAAAUAGAAACUUAAGGACUAAAUUAUUGUUUAGAUGGUUGUAGGUUAUUGAUGAAUGCUUUUUAUGUAUUAUUUGUCGUAGUUUUCAAAUGUACAUGUUAAUAUAUUGUAAAUAAAAUAUUUAAUUUAAUGAUAGUAUGAACCUUUUGAAAAAAAUAACACAAAUUGGUAUUUCAACCAAUACUACCUCUUAGUAUAACAAGAAUGUUACAUACUGGAUUUUUAAUUGUGUGAGAAAAUAAAUAGUGAAAUAAAAAAAUUUAAUACAU